AUGGACCAGUGUCUCAACACAGCACAGCAGCCCCUGUGUACAGGAACUCCACAGGAGGAUGGCUUCUCAGGACAUUCAGUAGAGUCUGACAGGAUAGAGUCAUCUCUUCAUAGUAUCCAGAAAUUUGUUCCUACAGAUUAUGCCAGCUACACACAAGAGCAUUAUUGGUUUGCAGGCAAGAAGAUCAUCAUCCAAGAAUCUAUUGAGAGCUAUGGCACGGUGGUGUGGCCAGGGGCUACAGCUUUGUGCCAAUAUUUGGAAGAGCAUACAGAGGAAUUAAAUCUCCAAGAUGCUAAAAUACUUGAAAUUGGUGCUGGACCAGGCCUUGUUUCCAUUGUGUCCAGUCUUUUAGGAGCUCAAGUCACGGCAACAGAUCUGCCUGAUGUUCUAGGAAAUCUUCAAUACAAUCUUUUAAAAAACACACUGGAAUGCACAGCUCAUCUACCUGAAGUGAAAGAACUGAUAUGGGGGGAAGACUUGGACCAGAAAUUCCCUAAGUCAAACUUUUAUUACGAUUAUGUCCUGGCCUCUGAUGUGGUCUACCACCACUACUUUCUGGAUAAGCUACUCGCUACCAUGGUGUACCUUUCCCAGCCAGGCACUGUGGUGCUUUGGGCAAACAAAUUCAGAUUCAGCACUGAUUAUGACUUUUUAGAUAAGUUCACGCAAGUUUUUGAUACCACUCUCGUGGCUGAACAUUCAGAGUCAUCAGUCAAACUUUUUAAAGGUAUACUAAAAUGGGACUGAUAUGUAAAGAGCCUUUCAAAGUAUUGGUGUCUUGUGAGCUAUUAGAAGGUACACUGUUCCAUACUGGUAUAGCUAGAAUUCAAGUGUAACUCAACACCACAACUUUCCAGGAUGAUAAGAUUACAUAGUCAGUCUAAGUAUCUACAGAGAACACAGAAAUAUGAAA